UUCGACUCGUCAGCGCUUGCGAGUCGAUUCCUUUGAACGAGUCGUUUUAAAAGAACGACUCAUUCGUGAAUCGCGACAGAACUGUGUGUGUGUGUGUGCAGAGAGGAGGACAGUGGUGACUCCUAAAGAAGUAAGAAACACUGCGAUCCAGUCGGCAAACAGCAUUUCUUCACAUCUCUCACAAUGUUGAGGACCAUCUUGCUACUGUGCUUAUGGGGUCUUCUCUCCCUCUCGCUUGCUCAACUGUCAGACACGGAGGAAGGUGGAGCUGAGGAGGAGGUAGUGGACCUCUUCACUACACCUCGCACUAAACUCGGUGCCGCAACCUCAGACUUUGGCUAUAACCUGUUUCGUAGUCUGGCUGCCCGCGACCCCAAGGCCAGUGUCCUCCUGUCUCCCAUGAGCAUCUCAGCAGUCUUCACACAACUCUCCAUGGGAGCAUCUGAGCGCACAGCGAAGCAGUUGAACCGUGUCCUGCGCUACCACACCCUUAAGGACCCACAGCUUCAUGACACUCUAAGAGACCUGCUCGCGUACCUGAAAGCCCCUGCCAAGGGCUUCAGCUCUGUAGAACGCCUCCUCAUAGGAAAGAGACUACGCCCUAACUUGGAGUACCUCAACACCAUAGAGAAACAAUACGGGGAACGACCCCAAACUCUCAUGGGCGGGGCUCGGGAAAUCAAGCCUGUAAAUGAUUGGUUCAGACAGCACACUGGAGGUCAAGUGGACCGUGUCCUUGGAGCUGCUCUCCCACGUAAUCCAGCAGUGGUGCCUGUCGGAGCAGCGUAUUUCAAAGGAAAGUGGAUAACCAGGUUCAGUGAGACCGGUAAGAAGGAGGAGUUCCAGUUGGAUGGAGAGGCCCCAACUACCAUUGCCGUGAUGAAGCAGAAUCAUUACCCAGUAAAGAUGGGCAUUGACUCAGACCUUGGCUGCACGAUAGCACAAAUUCCUAUGGAGGACGGAGUAAGCGUGUACUUUUUCCUGCCAGAUGAUGUGACUAAGAACUUGACUCUGAUCGAGGAAGCGCUGACAGCCGAAUUUGUGCAGGACCUGGCCAACACUCUCCACGCAGUACAGGUUCAGCUCACACUCCCUGUACUCAAACUGGGAUACAGCACGGAGCUCUUGGGUCCCCUUUCCGACGUGGGGUUAUCUGAUUGGCUGAAUGACCCAGAGCUUAUCAAAAUCACAUCUCAGCCAGUGAAGCUGACCACGGUCCGUCACAAGGUUGUCUUGGAGACAGCACCAGAGGGUAGCCAGUAUCCCAGCACCACCCCGCAUCGCACUGGCCAAUCGCAGGCCCUUUCCUACCACGUGAACCGUCCCUUCAUCUUCUUGAUUCGUGACGAGCCAUCAGGGGCACUUCUGUUCAUCGGAAAGGUACUCAACCCACGUGACCUGGCGAGUGUAUGAAAGCAGCGUACACGCAUGCGCACAUAUAUAUCAUGAAAUAUGUGAAUAUACCACAGGCUUCUACACUAACAUUAGGCUUACGAUUGAACUUUUUCCAAGCUGCCAAGAUGAAUAGUACAAUGCACUUCCAUGUUUUAACACAUUCACAGUGCAUUAAUUGCCAUAAGUUUAAAAAAAAAAAAAAAAAAAUACAUAUGCAAAAAUGAACUUUCUCCUCUUAUGAAAGGAAAAACAAUCCAAUUUCACGUCUUUGUAUUCAGAACAAAUUCCCAGAGACUCGAGCUUCAGAUUAUCUUUAUUAGCAAGUUAUGAGGCAAAAAAUUGUGGCUUUGUUUUAUAUUGUGUUUGAUAAUAACAGCUAUAUAUGCAUUACACUUCAGUGCUCCUGGAUCACUAUGCUUUUUUGACAUGCUGACAAAUCUCAGACAUAUCAGAUCCCCAAACAUAUCAAAAUCUCAGACAUCUCAGACUAACAGUGCGUUUAAAUCGUAGCUUCUAGAGUAUUUAGAUUCUGCGUUUGAGUGCUUUGUUGAUUGUUUUCAGAUCAAUGUAACACAUGCAUGACUUCUUUUUAGCAGUUGGCCAUUCUGUUUGUAUAUUUACCAGCAAAAAUAAAUCUGAAUUUGUAUAUUAAGAUAAAUCAAUAAAA